AUGCCUCUGCCCGGGACAGGUGGAGUUCUAGCCCAGUCCAGGAGGACUAUCCUGGGGCUCAGCCUGAGCCCCUCUCCCCUUUGUAUGCUGCUGCCAUUGAUUAUCCUGCUAACCAGCCCUUUGAGCAGCGUGUGUGGACCAGCUCCCCCAAAGUUCACCAAGAUUCCCACCGACCAGAUCGGAGUAUCAGGGGGCGUGGCAUCAUUUGUGUGCCAGGCCAGUGGAAAUCCCAAGCCUACUGUCUACUGGAACAAGAAGGGCAAGAAGGUCAACUCCCAGCGUAUCGAGGUGACCAUAGAGUUUGAUGAGGGUGCAGGUGCUGUGCUGAGGAUCCAACCGCUCAGAGCACCCCGAGAUGAGAACAUCUACGAGUGUGUGGCACGCAACAGUGAAGGAGAGGUGUCUGUCACUGCAAAGUUGGCUAUUAUCAGAGAGGACCUGCUGCCAUUCGGCUUCCCCAGUAUAGACAUGGGUCCCCAGCUGAAGGUGGUGGAGCGGACGAGGACGGCCACCAUGCUGUGCGCUGCCAGCGGCAUCCCCGACCCAGAGAUCUCGUGGUUCAAAGACUUCCUGCCUGUCGACCCCAGCACCAGCCAAGGUCGCAUCAAACAGCUCCGAUCAGGAGCAUUACAGAUCGAGAACAGCGAGGAAACAGACCAAGGGAAGUACGAGUGUGUGGCCACCAACUCUCAAGGCGUGCGCUACUCCUCCCCCGCAAACCUUUAUGUGCGAGAGCUUCGAGAAGGAGCGACAGACACAUUGCGCCGUGUGCCCCCUCGGUUCUCCAUCCUCCCCUCCAACCAUGAGAUCAUGCCAGGAGGGAGCGUCAACAUCACCUGUGUGGCAGUGGGUUCGCCCAUGCCCUACGUCAAGUGGAUGCUGGGCAGUGAGGACCUGACCCCUGAGGAUGAGAUGCCGAUUGGCCGGAACGUGCUGGAACUCAACGGUGUCCGGGAGUCUGCGAACUACACCUGUGUGGCCAUGAGUAGCCUGGGUAUCAUCGAGGCCACCGCUCAGGUCUUAGUCAAGACUUUGCCAAAGCCUCCCGGCACACCCAUCGUCACGGAGACCACCGCCACCAGUGUGACCAUUACCUGGGACUCCGGCAACCCUGACCCUGUCUCCUACUACAUCAUCCAGUACCGAGCCAAAGGGCCGGACAGCAAGUACGAGACGGUGGACAGCAUCACCACCACCCGAUACAGCAUCGGGGGACUGUAUCCCAACACUGAGUAUGAAAUCAGAGUGUCAGCCUUCAACAGCAUCGGCCAGGGCCCCCCCUCUACGCGUGUGGAGGCUCGGACAGGAGAGCAGGCCCCGGCCAGCCCUCCCCGAAACGUCCAGGCUCACAUCAUCUCUCAGAACACUGUGAUGGUCCGUUGGGAGGAGCCAGAGGAACCCAAUGGACAGGUCAAAGGCUAUCGUGUGUACUACACCAUGGACCCGUCCCGGCCUAUGAAUGAGUGGCAGAUACAUAACGUCCAGGACAGCGUGAUCACCACCAUUCAGAACCUCGUAACCUCCGAAACAUACACCAUCCAAGUCCUAGCCUUCACCUCUGUAGGGGACGGACCCUUCUCAGAUCCCGUCCAUGUUAAAGUCAUGCCUGGAGUCCCAGGCCAGCCGGGGAAGUUUAAAGUCGGUAAGGUGACAGACACCAGCAUAGAGCUGACCUGGGAACCUGCUUACACCAAGGAGGGAAUUGUCAACUAUGAGCUGCUCUACAAACCUGUCAAGUUUGGCAGUUUGGAGAAGCUGACCUUCGGGCCGAGGAAUUCUUACACUGUGGAGGGUCUGAAAGCGAACACCGAGUACUCCUUCUCCCUGGCAGCCAUCUCAAACAAAGGCAUCGGUGCUUUCACUAAUGAACUGGUGCAGAGGACGUCACAAGCCAAUGUGCCGAGGAAUUUUUCAGUCAAUCUGGCCACUAAGACCAGUGUUCUUCUGACCUGGGAGUUUCCAGAGAGCAGCAAUCCCUAUCGCUUCACUGUGGAGUAUAACCGGCAGAAGAUGGAGGUGGAUGCUCGUCUGAGAAAGGCAGUCAUCCCAAACCUUCAGCCCGACACCAGCUACGACUUCAAGAUUACUGCUCCUGAGGGCAACAUGGGAGGCCUUCGCCACCGCAUCACUGCCAAGACCUCCCCUCCAAUCACCAUCCGCCGCCCUGAGAUUGACCACACUCGUGACACUGAGACCACCGUCACCAUAAUCCUGCCCUCGCUGGAGACUCGCACUCCCGUCAAGAAUGUUUAUGUUGUUGUGGUUCCGCUGAGGAGAGCCCGCGGCGUCAUCAGACACCUCAAGAGCCCAGAUGAAAUGGACCUAGAGGAGCUGUUAAAAGACAUCAGUCAAAAGCAGAGGGAUUCUCGGCAGCAGAAGCAGGUGGACUUGCGCCGGGCUUACAUCACAGCCCGAUUCACACCUGCCACCCUACCGGCCUUCUUCACCCUGGGGGACCAGCUGGACUACGGAGGCUUUGAGAACCGAGCUCUAGAGCCAGGGCAGGAGUACGUCUUCUUCAUCCUGGCUGAGCUCAACUCCACUACUGGGAAAAUGUAUGUAGCCAGCCCUUACACGGAUCCAGUAAUUGCCCCAGAUUCAGACCCUCAGCCCCUGGACGCAGGUGAUGGUCUGAUUUGGGUGGUGGGACCUGUCCUGGCUGUGGUCUUCAUCAUCUGCAUCGUCAUCGCUAUCCUCCUUUACAAAAACAGCAAACCUGACAGCAAACGCAAGGACUCUGAACCUGGAACCAAGAGCCUUUUGAGUAACGCAGAGAUGAUGGCCCAUCACCCAACAGACCCUGUGGAGAUGAGACGCAUCAACUUCCAGACUCCCGGAAUGAUGAGCCAUCCUCCCAUCCCCAUCAGCGAGCUGGCUGAGCACAUAGACCUGCUGAAAGCUAACGACAACCUGAGACUCUCCCAGGAGUACGAGUCCAUUGACCCUAGCCAGCAGUUCACCUGGGAACAUUCGAACCUGGAGGUCAACAAGCCCAAGAACCGCUAUGCUAACGUCAUAGCAUACGACCACACCAGAGUCAUCCUGGCCCCCAUAGAAGGUAUCCUGGGGAGCGACUACAUCAACGCCAACUACAUUGAUGGCUACAGGAAGCAGAAUGCCUACAUUGCUACCCAGGGGCCACUGGCAGAGACGUUUGGGGAUUUCUGGAGGAUGGUGUGGGAGCAGCGGGCCGCCUCUGUCGUCAUGAUGACACGCCUGGAGGAGAAGUCACGGAUAAAGUGUGAUCAGUACUGGCCGAGCCGUGGCACAGAGACAUACGGGAUGAUCCAGUUGACCCUGCUGGACACAAUGGAGUUGGCCACUUUCUGCGUUCGCACCUUUUCUCUGCACAAGAGCGGCAGCAGCGAGCGGAGAGAGGUGCGUCAGUUCCAGUUUACAGCCUGGCCAGACCACGGUGUGCCAGAGUAUCCCACCCCCUUCCUCAACUUCCUGCGCAGGGUCAAAGCCUGCAACCCCCCAGACGCCGGACCCAUCAUUGCUCACUGCAGUGCUGGAGUCGGUCGCACUGGCUGUUUCAUCGUCAUCGAUGCCAUGCUGGAGCGUAUUCGACAUGAGCGCACCGUGGACAUCUACGGUCACGUGACCCUGAUGCGCUCACAGAGGAACUACAUGGUGCAGACGGAGGACCAGUACAGCUUCAUCCAUGAGGCUCUGCUAGAGGCCGUGGCCUGCGGGAACACUGAGGUGGCCGCCAGGAGUCUUUACUCCUACAUGCAGAAGCUGUCCAAGGUGGAGAGUGGAGAGCAUGUCACCGGCAUGGAGCUGGAGUUUAAGCGACUAGCUAACACCAAAGCCCACACGUCCCGGUUUGUCACAGCCAACCUGCCUUGCAACAAAUUCAAGAACCGACUGGUCAACAUCAUGCCCUAUGAAACCACCCGCGUCUGCCUCCAGCCAAUCAGAGGCCUGGAGGGCUCCGACUACAUCAACGCCAGUUACAUAGACGGAUACAGGCAGCAGAGAGGCUACAUCGCCACCCAGGGUCCACUGGCUGAGACUACGGAGGACUUCUGGAGGAUGCUGUGGGAACACAACUCCACCAUAGUGGUCAUGCUCACCAAACUGAGAGAAAUGGGCAGGGAGAAGUGUCACCAGUACUGGCCUGCCGAGCGCUCAGCCAGGUACCAAUACUUCGUGGUGGAUCCCAUGGCAGAGUACAACAUGCCUCAGUACAUCCUCCGGGAGUUCAAAGUUACGGAUGCCAGGGAUGGCCAAUCACGGACAGUGCGUCAGUUCCAGUUCACUGAUUGGCCAGAACAAGGUGUGCCCAAAUCUGGGGAGGGUUUCAUUGAUUUCAUUGGCCAAGUGCACAAAACCAAGGAGCAAUUUGGCCAGGAUGGACCAAUCACCGUUCACUGCAGUGCUGGCGUGGGACGGACAGGUGUCUUCAUCACUCUGAGUAUUGUCCUGGAGAGGAUGCGUUACGAAGGGGCAGUGGACAUCUUCCAGACUGUCAAAAUGCUGCGGACACAGAGACCAGCCAUGGUGCAGACUGAGGACGAGUACCAGUUCUGCUACCAGGCUGCUCUGGAGUACCUGGGUAGCUUUGACCACUAUGCAACGUAAGUGAAGAGACAACUAUCCAUCCAUCUUUCUGCUUCGAGGUCCACAAACAAACCAACAAGUGAAACAAGAGAAAGACAGCCCGAAAUAACGUGAACAUCGAACCUUUUCCUGGAGAGAGAUUCAAAGAUGAAUUCUACACCAACAAGGACAAAAAGCAACAACAAAAACAGCAACAAGAAAUCUGUGUCUAACAGCACCCACACUCAUCAGGACCUCCCCCCGAGGAGCUGGUGUGUGUGGAGACUAUCCAUGUGUAAUCCAUAUACUUACCUCAGUGUUCCAGUGUGAAGGACGUAUAAUACAUGUGUGUUGUGGUCAGCUAUCUCCAAUAUGAACCAGUGAAAUACAAAUGGCUUCUGAACAGGAAUUAUGAUACUAUAUGUGUAUAAAAUACAAAAAGAUUUAAAAAAAAAAAAAAAACAAAACACAAAGAGCCUGGAUAUUUGCUGCACCCUAAAUGGGAUUUUUAUCCUCAACUUUGUAUCUAUUGGUUUGGUGUACUAAGGGGUUACAAAGUGCAAAGGUGAACAUUUCUAUGUGUCUGUGAGUCAUAAUAGUUUAAAGCAGAUGACUAGGUUAUGCCUCAGCAGAACCCAGCAGAAGCCUACAGUACGGACUCACCACCCUGAGGACUGUUGGAGAAGCAUGUGGAUGCUCAUUUACCCAACGCACAGUGCCAAGAGAAACCAUGCAGCGUGAACAUGAAACUGUGGCCUACAAGGAGAGAUGGAUCCGUCUUUCAUCCAGCAUAACAUGAAGUCAGACUAGAGGCUGCUCUUAAACGCUGGCCAAGGAUCAGUUCACACUCCCCCGGUCAUGUCCUCACAGCAUAACAGCUGGCCUCAGAACAGUGAUUAGAGUCCAUCAUAUCCUCAACUGGGCUGAGAUUUGUAGUCCAGCGCAUUCUUCAUUCAACAAAGCUUGCUUGCUAUUUGCUGUAGUCCUUGUUCAUCCUCCAGCUCAGACCCUCUUGAUGUCAGUCCCAUUGUGUCAGUUCUACAGUGGCUUAUUGAAAGAGAUGCUAAUGAAAGAAUUGAGCUUCAAUCCCUUUCUUUCUUGAAUUGAAAACCGUUCUCAGCCCAUUUCUGCAGACUUUUGUGUGUUUUUACUGUAUGUCUUUGCCUUAUGCUGGCUGAUUUCUUGCGUUUCAACAUGCUGCCUAAUGCUCAUGCGUCAUGUGCUGAACUUUUAUUGUCAUACAGUAUCUUAACUCGAGGAUGAAAGUUGUUUCCUGACCAUCUUCCUCCUCUGAAGCUUACCUACUUGAAUUGCACCACUUUGGGAUUAAAUCACUCUGACAUUUUACUAUUUCAGGCAAUGAAAGAUAAUGAGAGAAACCCAAAAAACAUUCAGCACAAGUGGUUAAUUGCUCACUUUCAACAGUCCUCUCUCCUUUCCCACCUCCAUAUAAACUCCAUUAAAACUCUCUUUGUCCCCAAAUUACACUGUACAGAACAUCCCAACUUAACCAGUUGAUGUUUUCCCCUCUAACUCCAGUACAACUUCACAAGUCCUUGAUAUUGAUAUAUGUUUUCUUGAUUUGACAUAUAAUCAUAAUUGGUCCCCACGUGGUGAUUGAAGAGCACAGCGAUGUUCCAGUGUAUCAGAAAUCUUGGGCAAUUUCACAGUUUUGUACAUACAGUCUAUCCACGGUACAGUCCUAUACAGUACAGUUACAUGUCUGAGCACAAGAUAUAACAUGGGAUUGGAUGUGAUGUAAUUCUUAUUGUCGCAAAAAAAAGCCUUAUUGUUAUUGUUCACUUUGUCAUAUUUAUUUCAUAUGAUUUUUUAAAAAUAUUUAUUAUUCUAUUUUGUUACUUUUUACGUUUGUUUUUAAUUUAUUUAUUUGGGAUAUUUAGCAACUAUAACCAAUAAGAUGUUGUUUACUUGUUUCUUUGGCGAGCUAAUGUUAAAGUAUGAUAUUGUCACUGUUUUUUAAUUUUCAAUGGUCAGUUUUGGUGCUUUUUUAUUUGCUUUAUUAAUAUAAAGUAUGCCCUCUGUGUAGGGUGCUAUUUGAUACUGAUUACUGAUGUCCGACUAGUUAACUAGAGAUGUACAUUAGAGGCAGACAUAGUUUAAGUUUACAGUGAUGCCCUUUUUAUGCCCUCCCCUUCACGACCUCUAUAGCAACAGCAGCGGUGUGAUCCUAGCAACAGAGGUAUCAUCCAACCCACCGUGGUAGGUUUAAGGGCAUCAGAGAAAUUAGAUUUAUAGAGCAGACUUGUUGGUGAAAACCUGUGGCAAGCUGUUGGUAUUUAGUUUGCUGGAGAGCACAUGGUAGCAAGUGUAUUUUUGACAGAGAAUGGGUAAGAAUCACCCAGCUACACACACCCUCAAAGUUAUUGUUAAAAAUGAAAUUAUUCUGAUAUGAACUUUAUCUGUGGUCCAGAAGUCUUGAUGAUGUGUGACAUAUAUGAAAUAUGUUAUUCCUUCAAUUUCUAAUGAUUAUUGUGUCAAGAGAAAUGUAAAAGGCACACACACAAACACACACACAAAACAUAAUAUGAAAUGUGUUGAGGGCCAGCUCUGAUGACGCCACCCCCCUCACUUAUGUACCUGUUCUUUCCUUUCAAACCAUGGAUGUAGAUAUUGUAUCUUGACUUUGUAUUAAAAGCAGGAUGAUUGGAUAUACAGCACAAA